AGCUUUAUCUUCAACCACUAACAAACUCGGCAGCUGAUUCUUCUGCAGUGAGUUUCUUUGAAAGAAAAUCAGUGAAAACAGAGAGUGACUUCCUUUGAUGUUCGAACUUUGAAGACAAAAAUAAAAAUGCUUCUCCAAACUACAAUCUCAUCUCGGCCUUUAUAUCAACGGCAUGCGUGCUUCUCAGCAACCCACCAGCUUCCUCUUUAUUACUCUUUCCUCGCAUCUGCCUCUCUCAACUUCACCCGCAAAAACCUCUUCUUCCAGGCCAUUGUUCGGUGCUAUCGUGAACCAGCUUUGAAAAACACAGGGGCAGGCAAUGGAGUGAAUGACACUAAAUUUCUCAACCUACAGAUGUUUCAAAAGGGAAUGGCAGCAAAAUCUUUUACGUCAUCACGCUUUGAUGAAUCCUUGAAGAAUCAUCGAGCUAUGGUUGAUGACUUAAAUGUGAAGAAGCCAUUGAGUGUGGUGUCUGCUUUCGCCUUUGGUCAAGCAUUGUGGUUGAUUUCUGCACAACUAGCAAACGCAAGUGAAAUUACUACCGGAGAUGCUGUUUACGAGGUUGGAGAGUUAUUUGAGUUAGGAAUCCAGCUAUCUUAUCUACUUUUACUAUUAGUUUUACUUGGGGUUGGAACCUUCUUUGUAAUCCGUCAAGUACUUGUACGGAGAGAACUUGACCUUUCUGCCAAAGAAUUGCAGGAGCAAGUCAGAAGUGGAGAUGCCAGUGCAACAGAGCUUUUUGAGCUAGGUGCCGUUAUGUUGAGAAGGAAAUUUUACCCAGCUGCAAAUAAGUUUUUGCUUCAGGCAAUCGAAAAAUGGGAUGGAGAUGAUCAAGAUCUUGCCCAGGUUUACAAUGCCCUUGGUGUCAGUUACGUUCGGGAUGGGAAGCUUGAGAAAGGAAUCAAUCAAUUUGAAACUGCUGUGAAGAUUCAACCAGGAUAUGUCACAGCUUGGAACAAUCUUGGCGAUGCAUACGAGAAGAAAAAAGACUACAAGUCUGCACUGAAAGCAUUUGAAGAAGUAUUGCUUUUCGAUCCUAAUAAUAAGAUAGCACGUCCAAGGCGAGACGCACUGAAGGAUCGUGUAGAAAUGUACAAAGGAGUUCCUAUCAAAUCAAAAGACAGAUGAUUUUGUGAGGUUGCUGCAUGUUUGGAUAUGAAUUUUGGACAAGUGACUAAAGGUUUGUUCAAACAAUUUAACACCCAGAAAAGGAAUUAUGACAGUUCUUUA